CCGGCGCGCUUCACGCUCACUGCAGUCGCACGGGCUUGGCGGGAGGCGCUGAAGUUCACAAGCUCACUUUCUUCUUUCACUUUCAGCUGAUAUUUUAUGAAUAUAAUCUAUAAAAGACUUUCUGCAGGUGGUUUGUAGUCUGCAGUGAUCAUGCCGUCCAGUCUGGGCUCCAGCAGUCCAGCCGCAGUUCUUCAGGAGGCUUUGGAAAACUCCAGCCGCUUGAUUGACAGGCAUCUGCAGGAGGAUCGCUGUUUCCCAGACCUGUCCGAGCUCCUCAAUGUCCCGUCACACAACAUGCCUUCGCUCUCGGGUGUGUCAGACAUGGAUUACCCUCUGCAGGGACCGGGACUGAUCAGCGUGCCGAGUCUCCCGGAGCUCAGCGCCAUCCGCAGGGUUCCUCUGCCUCCGGAGCUCGUCGAGCAGUUCGGUCAUAUGCAGUGCAAUUGCAUGAUGGGAGUUUUCCCUGAAAUCUCCAGAGCGUGGCUCACCAUUGAUAAUGACAUUUUUAUGUGGAAUUAUGAGGAUGGGAGUGAUGUGGCGUAUUUUGACGGGCUCAGUGAAACUAUUCUGUCAGUUGGACUGGUCAGACCUAAGCCUGGUAUUUUUCAGCCUCACAUCCACUUCCUGUUAGUGUUGGCCACACCGGUGGAUGUCGUGAUCCUGGGCUUGAGCUUCCCAAAAGCCCAUACAGGUCUGAAUGACAGCAUGUCAGGAGCCAUGCAGCUGUUGCCAGAUCCUCUCUACUCCAUCCCCACGGAUAACACCUACCUGCUAGCCAUCACCUCCACGGAUGUGGGCCGCGUCUUCAUGGCGGGGAAAGACGGCUGUCUGUACGAGAUCGCCUAUCAGGCUGAAGCGGGCUGGUUCAGUCAGCGCUGCAGGAAGAUCAACCACUCCAAGAGCAGCCUGUCCUUCCUCAUCCCUUCACUGCUGCAGUUCUCCUUCUCCGAGGACGAUCCCGUUGUCCAAAUUGCUGUUGAUAAUUCAAGGAACAUUUUAUACACUCGUUCGGAGAAGGGUGUCCUGCAGGUGUAUGAUCUCGGCGCUGAUGGGCUGGGAAUGAGUCGAGUCGCAGCCAUGUCUCAGAGCUCCAUCGUCUCAGCGGCUGGAAACAUCGCCAGGACGAUCGACCGCUCCGUGUUCAAACCCAUUGUUCAGAUCGCAGUUAUUGAUCGCUCGGAGUCGUCAGACUGCCAGCUGUUGGCCGUCACUCAUGCUGGUGUGCGUCUCUACUUCAGCACCAUCCCUUUUGCUCCUCCAAAUGCUAAACACAUCUCGGCCCGGCCCUGCGUGCUGGCGCUGGUGCAUGUGCGUCUGCCGCCUGGAUUCUCUGCGUCCUCCACUCUCCAGAAACCAGCUAAAGUACACAAGGCUCUCUACAGUAAAGGAGUUCUGCUGAUGGCUGCGUCUGAAACAGAAGACAGUGACAUUCUCUGGUGCAUCAACCACGAUUCCUUUCCCUUUAAAAAGCCCCUCAUGGAAGCUCAGAUGACCGUGAAUGUGGACGGUCACUCGUGGGCUCUGUGUUCAAUCGAGGAAACCGAAUCUCCCAGAAUCCUCACUCCUCUCAAUAAAGAUCUCAUUCCAGUCACUGACACUCCUCUAGUCGUUCAGCAGCACAGUGUCCCACCGCAGAAGUUUGUUCUCCUGUCCGCUCAGGGGAGUCACAUCUUCCACAAGCUGCGGCCGGUGGAUCAGCUGCGCCACCUGCUGGUGAGCAGCGCUGGAGGAGAGAGCGAGGAGAUCGAGAGGUUCUUCAAGCUGCAUGGGGAAGGGCAGGCGUGUGCCACAGCGCUCAUCUUGGCCUGUUCCUCUGCAGCGUGUGAUCGAGAGGUUUCUGUUUGGGCCACACGAGCCUUCUUCAGGUACGGUGGAGAGGCUCAGAUGCGUUUCCCAUCUGCCAUUUCUGCCCCCAGUAACGUCGGCCCGCUCUUCAGCUCCCCCGUGCCAGGAUCCCCAAUGCCUGUCGGCAGCCCCCUACCAAACCCCAGUUUUCUUGUCACACCUGUGCCAGGCAUGUUCCCGCCGAAUAUGUCGACGCCUUACGUCCCAGCGACUCCCAUGAGCCCGAGCGUUGCAGUGACCUCCUCUGGACCCGAGGUCAUCUUCUCUGGAAAACACAACGGCAUCAGUAUCUACUUCACUCGCAUACUGGGGAACAUCUGGGAUGGGAGUCUUUCGGUGGAGACCAUCUUAGCCAAAGGGAGUCAGACUGUGACUAUUCUGGAGAGCACAGCCAGUUCAUCUGAUCUGGAGGUCGUACUGCUGGAGCUUCAGGGUUUGAAGGAGUUCCUGGACAAAAACUCCCAGUUCAGUCCGACUUCUCUGGGUGUGGCCAAUUUCAGCUCGCCAGCAAACCUACAGCAAAGGCUUCUGGGAUUCAUGCGGCCCGAUGGUUCCAGCUCUCAGCAAGUGCAGCAGGAGCUCCAGAGGAAGUACCACACGGAGGCUCAAGCGUAUGAGAAAGCGUCUCUUCAGGCCAUGCAGCAGUUGAUCCAUCGCUCCUAUCAGAUGCUGGCGCUCUGGAAGCUCCUGUGUGACCAUCAGUUCAGCCUCAUCAUCUCUGAGAUGCCCAAAGAGUUUCAGGACCAGAUUAAGGCGGUGAGUUUUAAGGAUGUGGUUGUUUCUGGACUCGAGCUGAGUGGCGCUCUCAUCACCGCCAUCAUUAAUGUGUACAUCAAAGAUAGCGCGUGUGUAGACACCGUCAGCGCUCACUUGAGAGACAUCUGCCCUCUGCUGUACAGCAGCGACGACAGCAUCUGCUCCAAGGCCAAUGAGCUUCUGCAGGGCUCCAGACAGAUCCAGAACAAGCUGGAGAAGGAGCGAACGCUGAAGGAGUCCCUGCGCCUCUAUCAGCAGAUCAGUCACCACACAGACCUGCCCCUCGUCUGCUCACAGUACCGGCAAGUGCGCUUCUAUGAGGGAGUGGUGGAGCUGUGUCUCACAGCCGCUGAUAAGAAAGACCCUCAGAAGCUGGGGCUGCACUUCUACAGGAACGGAGAGCCGGAGGAGGACUCCAGCGGCCAGCAGGCCUUCCAGCAGCGGCUCUGCUGUUACAAAUGCAUCACAGACACCAUGCAGGAGCUGGUGAACCGGAGUAAAGCGGCCCCUCAGUCUCCCAGCGUCCCUAAACAACCCGGACCCCCCAUCAUGACCUCUGACCCCAACAUGCUGAGCAACGAGGACGCUGCCGCUCAUUCUAACUUUAGUUGAAGUUAACAGCAUCCGCAUCGGUGGAUUAUCUCUGAUCCUGACUGGU